AUGUGUUUCUGGCUGUUUGCUGCACUCUGGCUUAUGGAGCAACAAAAUGUACAGCCGUCAGAGGCAACCGAGACAGCCCCCGAACACUCACCACCAUUGAGAGUGUCGAACGAAUUCCCCUCCAGUGCGUUGGAUGCACUGCAUGCCGAACUGGAUGCCCAGCAGGAAAUAGAAGGUGGCAAGCCUACAACAGGUCGUGUCGCAAAGAAAGGAUAUCUGCUGGUUGCAUUGGUUCUGGCUUGCGUAAUUGUAGCGAAAGCAAUUGCAGUUCUUAGGGAGAGCCAGAGCGUGGAGGCGGAGGAAAAUCUCGAAACCCCCACAGAGGAACCCAUGCCGGAAAAGGGAAUAGGGGAAAAAGGGCCUACACUUGAGGAAGAACAUCUGCUGGCUCAGAAACCAACACAAGGACCUGGUGAAGGCCCAUACGAAGGGAGGCCGAUAACGCAUGGGCAAAAGACUCGAAAGGAAUAUGGCCCGGAGCAAACGUCUCCUUCCGCUCCUUUUGGCACUCCCCAGGUGCAACCAACUGUUGAACAGGCGGAAAAGGGAAAAAAAGGAAAGGGUGCAGCGAGGAAGGAAAGAAAAGGUAAGGAGAAAAAGAACGACGUUGGGGGACGAAAAGAGGCCAAGGAUAAGAAAAAAGCAGGGGUUAAACAACCUUCACUACCAUCUGGCCCACCAGGUGCUGGACCUGCUGCCGAAGAUUCCCAAAGCUCCGGCAGGGAAAGUUACGGAAAAGGAUCUGCAGAAGUGGGAGACGUCCAUCCAGAAAUUGUGAGUGAGCAGCCUCACGAUAUCCCAGGGAGCGGAGAUGCCAUGGCAACCGAGGAAGACGCUACUCUGCAAGAAUUGAGGGAUCAGCGGAGCGUCAUCAGCAGACUUAAGGAUGUUGCGACCUGGCUGGCAGGUGAACUGUGUGUGGAGGAGGCAUCGGAGAUCCUGAAUAAAUUCAAUUCGAAUAUGGGAGCUGCUGAACAAGCGGAGAUGGCGUAUGAUUCUGCCAUAAGCCAAAGCGACCCAAAUAUUGCAACUACUCGGGAUGAGACCAUUAAAUUAAUAAGAGCAUCCCUGGAAGGAGCUCGUGGCGCCCUCAUCAGUUUAGCAGCACUGGCAAAACUCCAUGCUGAGGCAGUGCAGGAUUACUGUUCUGCAAGCCUUCAUUUUACGGACGUUGAAAGUUUGCGGGAGCGUUUGCAGGACAGCUCGGACGCAACGUCGGUUACAUUGGCCAUCAGGACGCUGGGGUCUGUGGAAACUACCUCUAAAACUCUUCAACGGGAGAUUGAUGAGCAAGUUAGGCUCUUGAAGUCUGCAACAUUUACGGCGGAGUGUGAAGCAAAUGCUUUUAUCGAAAUAUCCUCAGCGGCUGCUGCCGUGAACUCCAGGAAGGCAACGUUGGAACGUUUGGCUGCUCUGGAUAAGGCAUUGACAUGCGAUAUUUUGGAAAUGUAUAAGGUGUGGAUUGUGUCGAAACUUCAAGAUAGCCGCAUACCGCUUGGAAUGGAGUCAAAUCUAGUCUGGGGCCUUCACAAACUAUUGUCCGAGACUCGGCGAGCAUCUGAGGGGCAAUCAGCUUCUGGAAUAACAGAUGCAGAUGUACAAGGCAUGAAAGAAAUGUUUACUUUGCAAUUGCAGGAAAUGGAUGCUAUUAAUUCUGCUCAGGGCUUCGAGGAAGCUUUAGCUGCGUUUGAACGCGCGAAAGCACUUAGCCAACCAAUUAGAUCUACACUGCAGUUGCACAAGGAAGCUAUACAGGAGACUUUGGAGCACAAGCCGCUGAGCAAGAAAGAAGCCAGCUCUGCGUCGGACGUGCUGGGGGAGAUUGCUCAUACUGCCGUCAAAAGCAGCGAAGAGUUCUUGGACUUUACGAAAACUGUUUGUGCAGAGCUUGGCGACAAGUCUGGAGUCAAAUUACUACUACGGAAGCUGUCAUCUAGGAUCAAGACCGGUACUGGAGAGCAAGUUGAGGAUGGUGCGCGCGCUGACAUCUGUAUCGUAGCUGUUGUGAAGAAGCAUUUCUCCGAACCAAAGCGCCAACUCCAAGCUCUUCUAAAGGAAUUUUUAUCGAGAGCCCAGGAAAUAAAUGGUUUGGUAAAGAAGGGUAGAAAAUAUAAACUGGAUAAAGAAGGAAUAGGAUCCUCUGCACUGGACCAGAAAACAGAACACAGACUCGAAGUGGCGACGAGGAAAAGACAGGUAGCGCUUCUUCGGAUGCGAUUUCAAUACCUUUUUUUAUUAGCGAUGGAACUUGAGGAGCUUGAAAACGCAGUAAACGUUAUAUUCGAUUCUCCACUUCGGAAAACAACAGAUGGAUGGGCUGAACUGGAACGCCUUAAGGACGAAUUCGCAAGUGAAAAGUCAGUGCUCAUGGGUGCAGAGAAGCAUACCGUAAUACCUGAAUCUUUCGACAAGAUGUUGCAGAUCUUUUUAAAAAUUCAAAGUCUGUUUGAAAACGAACGGUUGGAGCAGCUUAAGGAGGCAUUCAACUGUCCUUGUGACGAUCCAGAGAGAAAAUAA